AUGUCUGGCAGCGCGGGCGACGGCGAGGCGAUGCCCAGCAGCGGCCUGGAUGCGGUCGACCGCAUGAUGAACCAGAUGUCGAAAGAGCUGGCAGGGAAAGAGAAGGACAUGAGGGAUCUGAACUCCAUGUUGCGGGCACGUGCGAAAGAACUGGAGGAGGUCUCCAACAAGCUCACGCAGCUCGAGUCUGUCAACAGAGCCAAGGACCUACGCAUCGAGCAGCUCGGCAACGACCUGGAGCACGAGAAGAAGUUGCUGCAGCGCCGCAACGCUGCCCUCGCGGACGCGCAGGCCAAGAUCCGCGUGCUCGAGCAGCAGAUUCAGAGGUGCGGGGGCGGAACUGCGCGGUCGACCGCGGAGCUGCGUCCUUGCGGCCCCUCACCGCCCCGCGACGACUGA